AUGUCUAACCCUCUCAAUUUCGGCGAUAUGUCCACGGAUGAUUUACUCCAACUCCUGACAUACACGAACUCUACGCCUCCAGUGGAGACCGGCAAACCAAGCCCGCGGCAGGAUUACCUUGGCUAUACCAGUCUUCCGUCAUAUCCUACAAACAGCACUGUGACGCUGGAUUACCCUUCCACCACCACUCAGCAGCCUCCGAACAAGACUGAGACUUGGGCCGGCUACGCAGCCAACCCGCCGCCUGGGUAUGGUCAAGUCCCUGUCGAUCCGGCAGAGAAACGUCAAAGCAGACAGGACGCGCGCCUCACAAAGCUGGAAGACAAGGUCGACGAAAUCAAGGAAGAGUUGGCUGAGAUGAAUCAGCAUCUGACGGAACAAGAGAUGAACUGCAGUCGCUGUGGUUGUGACAGUGGAGACGAGUCCGACGACGCUACUGAGGACGACUUGAGUGAGAACGCCGCAAACGGUGAUGUGGAGGGCGGCAAUGACUAUGAGACCCAUGAGUUGUGUAACAUCUAUAUCACGAUUACUGUUUCGGACUUCCAGGAAGAACAGAAGAGUUUCACGGAGGAUGGAGGAGAGAUUCCCCUUGCGUACACCAAUUACAACACGGAUAUUGCUAGAACCUGCAGUGCUUAUGUGCUCGCAAAGCUCGCACUUGACAAAGGAGAGAAGUACUAUGCUCAGAAUCAAAGACAAGAGACCUAUCACGAGCACCGGAGGAAGAGGCGCACAAGUCGCAGAUACUCUUCGUCGAGCUUGUACUAA